CACUAUCAACCAACUCAAGUGAACUUUUACUCUCUGGAUAUACUGUGCUACACUGAAGAGUGACAGCAGCAGUGAGAAAAAUCUGUUUAAAUGUUUCUUAUUUUAGUUAGAUGACAUUUUUGUUGAUAUGAGGGCCUAUGGAUAAAUGAGUAGAAGCUUCACGACAUUUCGGGAAGAUGACGCAGAACAUGUUUCAGGAGGGGCUGUACCAUGUGUUUUUUAAGGAGACACCCCCAACCCGCCUUCAGACCCAGGUUACCAAUCAUCAGGAGCUGGACAAUAUCAGGCUUCAUCGUUGGUUCGGCACUGUGGUUAAAACCAGACUUGUAGUCACUGGGGUGGUUCAAGUUCUCAGUGCUUUAGCUUGCGUACUAACCACCGUCACCCAUGCAUGUGUGAGCUACAAAUGCUCUGUCUCCAUGACAACACCAGUCUGGCCAAGCCUGUUCUAUGUGGCUGCUGGGUGUCUGGCAAUGGAGGUUCAGAGAAAAGCUAAUAAAUUAAAAAUCAUCACCCUGAUGAGUCUGAACCUCUUCAGUCUAGUAUUUGGAUUUUCUGCUCUCCUGGCCAACAGUCUGAGGUCUACACACCCCGUUGCACUCAACACAUAUCAACAGCGUGCUGGCUCAUACGUCGCAAAGGGGAGCUCCAUAGCAUUUUCUGUACAGUGUUUUCUGGCAUCAGUCUACAUACUCUUCCUGUCCUGGAGAGGCUUGCGUCGCUACAGUUCUCCCCAUAUUCAGGCCUACAGCCGCCUCUCACAGGAUCCAGAUGAAACAAGCGGACCUCUACUGGAACAAGUGGAAUUUCGAAUGUGAACCUCAAAGAUCUAAAAUAUUUUUUCUAGAUUUACUGGACAUGUAUGAGUCAAUUUUUCUGAAAAAUCCACUUGCUCAUUGGGACAUGGACAUUAAAAAGUUCCGUAGACACACUCCUGCUUGCUCAGCUUUUGUAAACCUAGUUACUGUUGUUGACCUUGUGUUUGAUCUUCUGAUUUGAGAAUGUUUAAGAUGUGAUAACAUCAUGUCAUGCUGCCUGACUUCUGACUCAGUAUAACUUCUCUCCUUACAAAAACUUGUAAUUUACUUACCCAAACAAUGAAGAAGUGCAUCAACAAAUUCAAAAGCUACAAAAAUAAACUACAUGUUAAAUAGACAAUGGUGUAUAUAGAGAAUCAUAAUGACUUAUAAAAAUGUAAUUUGCUAAUAAAGUUUACAUGCUAAACUCUUGUUGAAUAUCGUCAUGUCAUAGGAAAUUGACCUGCACAUCAAUUUGUAUCAGCCCAUAGUAAACCUAUGUCUGUGUAGAUCUGCUAAUAAAACAAAGCUAUGAUUACAGCUGUCAUGGCUUUCAGGUCAACACUAGAGGGCAGCAUUGCCAGAGGUUUUUCAUGUACAGAUCAAGUUCCUCUCUUUAGUGUAAGAACAGAGGAUGUUGACAUUGUUUGACUUCAGACUAUGGGUGCCUACUUGUUGCGUGAGAAGACACAGUGUAACCACUUUGUGUAAUUCACUGUUUUAAUCUGAUAGUUU